GGACCUCAAGUAGAAAAGAGUCCCGGAUCAUCUACAGACAGCAGUCCUGUCUGUGGAUUGGAGCUGCCUGUACGCGCAGGUUGCAAAUGGAUGUCGGACAUCAUACGCCGGACACUGAUCUGAUUUAGAGAUUUCUGGACUUGCAGAGACACAAAAGGCGGCGCGUGUCACAAUAAAAAACAAAACGCGGUGUCAUCUCCACUGCGGCGAUCAUGCAAGGACGUCCUGAAACCUAAUGGGAGAUUUAUUGAUGCUUUUGGCGACAAUCUGCUCGUUCAGCCUCGGAGCAAUUGGGAGGGUGUGACGGCGGCACCGACUGUGACAGUCAAUCUGCUGCAUGAUGUUAUUAUUACAUUACCUUUGUCCGGUUUAUCCCAGGUUGCUUGACGGAAUCCGUGUUUUUCCAAGAGACGUCCCUUCACAUUUUAUUAUUUCACGAGGGCUAAAACGAUACAAACGCCUUCCAUUUGUAAGGCUCUAUCCUCCAGCUAAAGGGCGCUUUGAAAUCAUGCAGUCUUGCAUACUGGAUUAUGUGUGAAAUCUAUUUCGUGUAAACUGCACGCUCUGUUAAUUAAACGUUGUUGAGUAUUUUUUCCCCCUCGUCUAAUUGAGCAAACCUCCCGAGCCUGAAAUUUAAAAACUAGAUUUUGCCCCCGGCACACCCCCUGAGAUAAUUAGCCAACCGUCACAGCCUGUCUUACCACGGGCUGCCAGUCUUUCUGCUGCUGUGCACCUUCAUCAUAAUAGCUGUGGUGGGAAAGGUGGCGGACUGAAUCUGCUUAACUUCACUGCGUCUUUCGGGAUUCCUUUAUUCACUAAUGGGCCUCCAUGUUGAUCGGAUGAGCCACCAUGUUGACGAGGCUUUUCAGUGACCCCUCGCUUCUUCCCGACGUCCAAAAAUACUCAUCCUGGGCGGAGGACAGCGAUGAAGAGGUCCACACGAUCAAGGAUGAGGACCAGGACGCACAGGACGACAUGGAUUCCUCUGACAUGAGAGGAGACAGUCGGACGCAAUCUGAGCACGCAGGAGAAGACGACGAUGAUGACGAGGUGGAGGAAGAAGACGACGCAGAGGAUACAGAAGGGGACAGGCCCAAGAAAAGGGGCCCCAAGAAGCGCAAAAUGACCCAGGCCCGUAUCGAGCGCUCCAAGCUGCGGCGGAUAAAAGCUAACGCUCGAGAGAGGACCCGCAUGCACGACCUGAACUCUGCGCUGGACAAUCUCCGUAAAGUAGUGCCGUGCUACUCCAAAACGCAAAAACUGUCCAAGAUCGAGACCUUGCGUUUGGCCAAAAACUACAUCUGGGCACUGUCGGAGAUACUGCGCUCAGGGAAAAGGCCUGACCUCGUGUCUUAUGUUCAGACGCUGUGUAAGGGACUCUCCCAGCCCACGACCAACCUGGUGGCAGGUUGUCUGCAGCUGAACUCCCGCAACUUCCUUACUGAACAACAGUGCCAGGAGGGGGGGCGAUAUGGGUCCGCCUCAUUUUCAAUGCAUUCCUACCCGUACCAGUGCGCGCGUCUGUCCAGCCCCCACUGCCAGCCAGGCUCGAACUCCCACCCGCUGAGGACGCAUGGUUAUUGCUCCACAUACGACUCUCUGUAUGGUGGGAGCGGAUCCCCGGAGUACAACAGUCCCGACUAUGAGGGGGCCGUCAGCCCCCCUCUGUGCAUCAAUGGCAACUUUUCCCUGAAACACCAAGGCUCCACGUCCCCCGAAAACGAGAAAGCUUAUCACUAUUCUAUGCAUUACUCUGGUCUGCCUGGCUCCAGACCCAGUGGGACCCACAACCUGUUCGGCUCUUCAGGGACCCGGAGCGGCAUUCACUCUGAAAACGUCCUGCCUUACCACGACAUGCAUUUGCACCAUGAACGACCCCCAGUCUAUGACGAACUUAACGCGUUUUUUCACAACUAGACGAGCUCGUGCGUCAUGCUAUCAAACUAGCCCAGACUCACUUCAGGCCAAGUUCCUGCCAGUAUUGAAUCAUACUGCAAAAACCUCUCACCCGUCCUUAAUGGCGGUUUUCUUUUUGUUGGUCCAGUCUUAAAUCUGUUCUGAUGGACUGGAUUAUAGGAGAUUAUUGCCCAAAGUCUUUGCGCAAUAAGAUACGUCCAUCUUUGAAAGGAUAAAGAUUAAGUGUGGGAGCUGCAAAUGUUUAUACUCUCCAUGUGUGAUUUGUGUUUGUAGUGGUGCUUGUCUUCAUGAAGGUGGCUGGAUGUCACUUGUAACCACACCAUCACGUGGGUACAGCUACACCCUGAGAAUUGUGGAUCAGUCCAAAUUCAAUCAGAGGUGCAUCAACACAAAAACAGUUUCUCUUGUCUGUGGCUGCGAUUCUUGACUGACAGGAAGCAGAGAUUUUCACAAAAAAAUAGAGGUGGAGAAAAGAAGAAGAAGAAAAAAAGCUCUGAUGUUUGUUGGUUGUAUUCCAAUCAUUUGUAAUCGGUCGUUUCGCAUCUAUGCAAAACCCAACGAGCGCACAGCUAUAGGCAGCGAGGCCCAAACAGGAGCCUGGAUGUUCCUCAAACGCACCGACACACAAUCACACACAUACAAGAAAAAAAAUAUCCGAGGCAAAAAAGAAAAAAAAAUGCUACAAAUACUGCUUCAAAAAUACAAACACUUGAAUCAGACUUUAUCUUUAUUUGUGUAUAUUCUGUUAUUUUGUCAUUGCACUGCUUUUUUUAAUUUAUUUAUUAAUAUUUGUUUAAUUAAUAUCCUCAUUUUGUUUUGCAAAAUCAGUUAAAUUAUUAUUGCACGUGUUAUUGUUGCAUUACUUUUGUAAUUACUGUUAAUAGUUUAUGAAAAUGAAGGAAGCUUGAAUGACUGAGUUUCUUUGUUUUUGUUAUUUAUUUAUUUAAGUCUUACUUUUACCUCAAGUCUUUUAACUUUGUAUUCAACUAACUGUGUGGUAAAAUAAAAUAAUAAAUGACAACGUAUUAAUUGGUCUUUAUAAGUGCAGAAGACGCAGAUUGCUGCUUUUCUUCCUAUUUUGUUUUUUGUUUUUUACUAAAGGUCGUUCCGGUCUGAGCAGGCCUUUCACCACAGGAGCCCCUUGAGGAGCCUCGAGGUCGACUAAAAUAGGACGAGCAGACAGCAGGUUGCAUUCUCCCCCUAAUGAUUUUUUUCUUCCUUUUUUUUUUUGCCAAAGCGUCUUCUUAUACUUGGCAACAAUUCGUGUUUUCCAAGAAGUCUUUAAGAGUGAAUGCUCAUUUGAAUUGACCUCGCAGGACUUCAGCAGAUGUGCGAACAUUUGGUAUUAGGGAGAGUUUACAAGCUGAUUAGAGAUUGGACAACAAGUUUAACAAAUAUCACAAGAGUUAAAGGCAAAUAACGCCAAAACGCAGGACUGAGGGACUUUGCUGUAAUAACAGGGGCUCUGGAGGAAUGGUUUUCAUGAUGAUGCGCAGAAAUCGGAUUCAGCACCACGGAGAGCUCCAACACCCGCAGCUUUUUGUGAUUAAAGUCUAGCCGUUACCGUUAACGACUUUACACCAAAUUCAGCAUGACUUGUGAUGCAUUUUAACAUUAUUUUCAAAGAAGAAAAAGUUUGGGGAGUCAUUUUGGUUUGCACGAGGCCUUUAUUUUAGUCAAACCAAGGAACAUCAUGCAAAUACAUAAACAAAUAAAUAAAUAAAUAAAUAACAAGUGUGCAAAAAACGGACAUGUUUGGCAUUAAGUUGACACUUGGAUAUUUGGGAUCAUCGUUUACUAAAAUUAUAUUUCAAUUGUAAAAUGGCCAAUUUUGCAGCAGUAAACAUGAUUUGAUUUUAAACAUGUUUCAACUCCACGAGACUCCAUUGAUCCACUCGUUACUCCAAAUCUCAUAUUUAUGUACAACCCACGUUUAAUCAAAGAUUUAUUCUACAUACACAAAAAUGUUACCUAAGUAAAAUCCGAACCGUAUUUAUGGAUUUUAAAAUGAUAGCGUCCACUCUGCACACGCGCGGUGCAAGGGCCAGCCGUUAUCACCCGCCAGGAUUUUGGACAGCUGCCCCGGGACCCAUAUGCUCCCUCAGAAUGAACCGUGCGCUGUCUACAAGGAAACGCACGUGCGCUAUAGUUUGAGCCUAUAUCAAAAGCUGUGUCUUGACUGUAAUCAAAUCGUUAUUUUGAAUAUCUGAGAUAUUCGAAGCAGAAAAUAUUUCUGCCAAUCAUAUAAGCAUAAGAGAAUAAAAUGUUUGUUAACU